AAAGCGCUCCGCGUGGGAGGGGUGUCCCGUCGGCAGGCCCCACCGAGUCAGACAGCAGGCAGCAGCUGCGGCGAGAAGAGCGCUCACUCGAACUCUCCAUUUCAAAUAAAAUAUUAUUUAUUCGCUUUUAGACACACAGUACAUACAACGACAGCACGCUCAACAUCCAACAUGGUGGACCGCGAGCAACUGGUGCAGAAGGCCAGGCUGGCCGAGCAGGCUGAACGAUAUGACGAUAUGGCAGCUGCCAUGAAGUCGGUGACAGAGCUGAACGAGGCCCUCUCCAACGAAGAGAGGAAUCUGCUCUCCGUAGCCUACAAAAACGUGGUUGGCGCGAGGCGUUCGUCCUGGCGCGUAAUCUCUAGCAUCGAGCAGAAGACGUCCGCUGACGGCAACGAGAAGAAGAUCGAGAUGGUGCGGGCCUACCGGGAAAAAAUCGAGAAAGAGCUGGAGACGGUUUGCCAGGACGUGCUCAACCUCCUGGACAACUUCCUGAUCAAGAAUUGCAAUGAGACGCAGCACGAGAGCAAGGUCUUCUAUCUCAAGAUGAAGGGCGACUACUACCGCUACUUGGCUGAGGUGGCCACCGGCGAGAAGCGAGCCGCCGUGGUGGAGUCCUCCGAGAAGUCGUACAGCGAGGCCCACGAGAUCAGCAAGGAGCACAUGCAGCCUACUCACCCCAUUCGCCUGGGCUUGGCUCUCAACUACUCCGUCUUCUACUACGAGAUCCAGAACGCCCCCGAGCAGGCGUGUCACCUGGCCAAGACGGCCUUCGACGACGCCAUCGCCGAGCUGGACACCCUCAACGAGGACUCUUACAAAGACUCCACUCUCAUCAUGCAGCUGCUACGAGACAACUUAACGCUGUGGACGAGCGACCAGCAGGACGACGAGGGAGGCGAGGGCAACAACUAAAGAGUCCGCGAGCAAAACACCGCUAUAGUCGCGCUCGCAAACGACAAAAUAAAAUCAUACAGAAAAAGCUACGAAUUAAGAUAAACAGAAAUGGGGGGGUAAGAGGUGGAACAUCAGCAGCUGGUGCUACUAACACGGCUGCUGUUCUUUAUUUUUCCACAAACUAAAAGUAGGAGAAAAGAAGACCUAAGCUUGAGGUCUAAACUAUUAUAGAUAAAAAAUUUAAAAAACAACAAAAAACAAAAAGAAGAAUGAAUCGUCCUUCAUGGUAGCCUCUGCGGCAUUUGCUAGAACAGCACCCAGAAGCAGGAGAUGCGUCUUUGGCGCAUCGUGCAAAUGAAGCGGAGGUGUCAUAUUGCAUUGAGUGAGGGGAGAAGUCUCCGGAAAUUGAGUUUGAUGUUCGAUCAACAGGGAAAAAUUUCACCUUGAAUGUCACGGGCGAGCUCUCGGAUGACAAAUGUGGCUUUCAGGGGUGUCUACUGUCCACGUACGUGCGUGACGGCAGUAUACGGUCGUCGAGUGAAAAGCAGGUUGUCUCUGUUAUUGACGAUAACGUGGAGAAAAAUUGAGUGUUCUUUUUGUUUUGCUUUGUGUCGGGUGUGUCCAGCUAAGUCACACAGUCAUACUGUAACUAAAUAUAGAACUUGAUCAAGUAAAGUUAGUGCAGCUUGUCCCUAUCAUGUGCUGAUGUGCUUUAAUGAAUAAAUUAACUGUUUUUGGACACCUAAUCCUUUUAGUGUCAGUAUUGUCGUCACUAUGAUAACCUCGAUUGGAGUAAUUGAUUAUAUCAGGGGUGUCAAACUUGGCCGCGUUGUGGUUUUGGUUUCCUUCAGAGGGGCGUUUUGUUGACCAAGACUUGGGAGGGGCAAAUAUACGUAUAUUAAUUCACUUCUCUCAGUCAAAAUUAAAUUGGACAUCUAGCGCCGUCAAUCCACGACUGACUAAUUAGUAAAUAGUAAUAGUAAAUAGAUAGUCAUAAAUAAGUGUGGGAACCUCUUGGUACCUCACGAUACGAUACGCGAUGCAAAGCUCACGAUAAUGAUGAUCUGACGUUAUGGCGACACAACGAUUAUCGAUACAUUGGUCAGGAAAUUAUUCUAGGAUAUUCUCCAAAAAACUAACAGAAAAACAAGCUUCUAGUGUGAAUUGGAAUUAGGUUAUCACUAGUAGACGUCCAAUCCGUUUGAAGUGGGAGGAUGGCAGCGAAUGAACAUUCGUUCAUUCGCUGCCAUUCCUCCCACUUCAAACGGAUUGAACGUCUAUCGCUGUCAGUGGCAGUCAAUGCCAGGCAAUUAGGUAAUUUUGGGCUAUUUAAAGUCCCACUGGACCAGCACCAAACAAAAGUUCCAGCAUCAUCACCUUGGCCAAUGCAGAUUCUUGACUCUUGACACCUUGUCCAAUGCAGAUUCUUGACAAGGGGAUGAUGCUGGAACUUUUGUUUGGAUCGUUCCAGUGAGAUUUACAAAGAUGAUUGCCUGAAGAAGACAUCAAAAUUCCCUCAGUAAACAUUGACAUCGUUUCUGGGCGGGAGCAUAUUGAUAACCUUUUGGGAUACAAAGUAUCACGAUAUAUCACCAUUUUGAUAUUUUGUCACACCCCUAGUCAUAAAUGACCUCAAAGCUUCUUUUUUAGCCUGUUAAUGAGUAUUCUGUAUUUAUUUAUUUACAGUGGGGAGAACAAGUAUUUGAUACACUGCCAAUGAGUUUUCCCAUUGGCAGUGUAUCAAAUACUUGUUCUCCCCAGUGUAUUUAUUUAUUUAUUUCCCUUUAAAAAUAAAUGGGAACAGGUAAAUAUUCUCUUUUCAUCUGUUUUUAAAUUUUUGUGGAUUUAAAAAUGAGGAAAAACGUGCAUUUCUCAUUUCUAUAUUUUAUUUUAAAAUUUUAAGGGGAAAAAUGGUCAAAAUAUGUUUCUUCAUUUUUGGAUUUAAUUAAAAAAAAAAAAAAGAAAAAAAUCAAGUAAAUAUUGUCUUUAUUUUUUAAUGAUUUUUUUUUUUAACGUCAAAAAGAAAAAAAAAAUCUCCAAAUUUUUUGGGGGGCAUACAGAAAUUUGACAUUAAUUUUAUUUUAGCGAAAAAUUGAAGCGUGUGAUCUACUUUCACGGACCACAAAAACGAAGCGGCGGGCCCGGAUGUGGCCCUGGAGCCGCCAGUUUGACACCCCUGGAUUAUAUUCACAAAAGUCACAUAGCAAAAUAAGAAGUGGAGUCGAGUAGCGGUUAAAAAGAAACAAACAAACAAACAAAGCGAUGGUUCCACCCUUACUCUUGAGUCGGUCGUCCAAAAGAAUCGGCUUCUGGAACCGCAAUGCUGAAGCGUUUUCGCGAAGGCCGGAGCUCAUGCAAUGUUACCCCAAAAGGCUCUAUUUGAGGUUUGUGGAUUCACUUGAUCUGCAGUUUCUUUUGCCAAUGACAGUAUUAUGUUGCUUCGGUGUAAGAUCAGAACUGCUCCAGUAUUCUCCAUAUUACAGUAUUGUGCAUGCUGGUGAUGUAUUUAUAGAGUAGCUUCAAUUUAUGAACUUAUAAUGUAGAUGUUAUGUAUUCAUAGGAUAUUGGAAAAUACUAGACCUUAUUUCAGAUGAUUUUCUAUUUAUUUCUUUUUAUCGCAAUUGUUAGCUAGACUUUAUUUUAAAAAUGUGUUUUCUUUACUCCAUUUGCUGAAGUACGCGAUACCAAAACAAGUAAUUGUUACCAAUAAAUUGAUCUGUUAAAGACAUUA